AGGCUGACACCGGUCGUUAACGUAGUUAGAUGUGAAGAACUGUAGCUGGUCUGUAAAAAUAAAAGCCUUCCCCUGGUGAGGAAGGAGAAGCGGCGCAGGACUAUGGACCCGGUGAACAAUGCUGAAACAGGAGAUACAGAAACCGAAUUGGAGCCGGUCUACGUUCUCAUUCCGAAAGAAACGCGGUGCAAGAAGAAGGAGCAGGAAAAACUGUCCGGAGUCGUCAAGAAUGUCCAUAGAAAACUGCGAAGAAAAUACCGAGAAGGUAGUUACGCGUCGUUAACUUUAGCUAACUAACAUUAGUUAGUUUAACCUGCUAGCAAAAUUCAGGGGUCCGGCGUCUGUCUCAGCAAACGGUCCAUUUAAACUGGGCGAAAAUAAGGCCCCAAGUAUAACUAAUGUAGCUAGCUUGCUAGCUUGCUAACAUGAUUUCUUAUUUUGGGGGCCUUGCACAUACUGCAAGUGGCGGGCAACAUGUCAGGCUCCGUCUGCUCGACUAUUAUCUAAAAAACAUUGUCAUACAAUAGUAGCUAGGUGGCUAACUUGUGUUGCUACAUUUCACUUAUUUAUGAUCAAACCAGACUAACGUAACGCUAGAUCAGGGCCGCCUGGGAAUAUUUCAAGCUGCGGUGUGCACUUACCAACUAGGCUAUGGUUGUUUGGACCUUAUUGUAUGAUUUGGCAUUCAUAACAAAAUUCACAAUCGCCUCUUACAUUACCUACAGCCAUAGUCAUUUGGGAAGGUUGUUCAAUCAUAACAUACUGGAUCAUGGGCACUGUCAGACAGGUGAGCCUGGGUUGUAUGGCUUUUGUGUCACCUGUUCAGAAACUGAAAAUCACGACAAAAAUAAGAUAAAAUGUUUUAUUGUCACAUACACCGGAUACAAUGCCUUCAGAAAGUAUUCAUACCCCUUGACUUAUUCCACAUUUUGUGUUACAGCCUGAAUUAAACAUGUAUUACAUAUAUUUUGUUCUCAUCCAGCUACACACAAUACCCCAUAAUGAAAAAGUGAAAACAUGUUUUUAGAAAUGUUAACACAUUUAUUGAAAAUGAAAUACAGAAAUAUCUCAUUUACAUAAGUAUUCACACCCCUGGGUCAAUACUUUGAAGAAGCACCUUUGGCAGCGAUUACGGCUGUGAGUCUCUCUGGGUAAGUCUCUAAGAGCUUUCCACACCUGGAUUGUGCAAUGUUUGCCCAUUAUUAUUUUCAAAAUUCUUCUAGCUCUGUCAAAUUGGUUGUUGAUCAUUGCUAGACAACCAUUUUCAGGACUUACCAUAGAUUUUCAGGUAGAUUUACCAAUCCAAUCACUAUCUUCUUGGUAAGCAACUGCAGUGUUGAUUUGGCCUUGUGUUUUAGGUUAUUGUCCUGCUGAAAGGUGAAUUCAUCUCCAAGUGUCUGGUGGAAAGCAGAUUGAAACAGGUUUUCCUCAAGGAUUUUGCCUGUGCUUAGCUCCAUUCUGUUUUAUCCUGAAAAACUCCCCAGUCUUUAACAAUUACAAGCAUACCCAUAACAUGAUGCAGCUACCACUUUGCUUGAAAAUAUGGAGAGUGGUAAUGUGUUAGAUUUGCACCAAACAUAAUACUUUGUAUUCAGGACAAAUAGUGAAUUGUUUUGCCACAUUUUUUCAGUAUUAGUUUAGUGCCUUGUUGCAAGCAGGAUGCAUGUUUUGUAAUAUUUGUUAUUCUGUACAAGCUUCCUUCUUUUCACUCUGUCAAGUUGGUUAGUAUUGUGGAGUAACGACAAUGUUGUUGAUCCAUCCUCAGUUUUCUCCUAUCACAGCCAUUAAACUUUGUAACUGUUUUAAUGUCACCAUUGGCCUCAUGGUAUGACUACCUCAUCUCUGUACCCAACACAUACAGAUAAUUGUAAGGUCCCUCAGUCGAGCAAUGAGUUCCAAACAGAUUGAACCACAAAGACCUGGGAGGAUUUCCAAUGCCUCGCAAAGAAGGUCACCUAUUGGUAGAUGGGUAAAAAAAUAAAAAUACAUUGAAAAUCGUGGAGCAUGGUGAAGUUAUUAAUUGCACUUUGGAUGGUGUGUCAAUACACCCAGUCACUACAAGAAUACAGGCAUCCUUCCUAACUCAGAUGCAGGAGAUGUCUUCCCCCAUUCAAUGUCUAUUUUUAUUUAUUUUUAACCCAUCUACCAGUAGGUGACCUUCUUUGCGAGAGUGUUUUCCCCUCAUAAAUAACAACUUGUGUGCUGUUUCAAGUGUGAAGGAAAUCUAAAGCUUUUUGCUCACCUGAUAUAGAAUACCUCAUGGUAAGCUGCAGACCCUUUCAUCUACCAAGAGUUCUCAUCCAUAAUUGUCACAGCUGUCUACAUCCCUCCACAAGCCAACACCACUAUGGCACUCAACAACCUAUAUGGGGCCAUAAACAAACAAGAAACUGCCAACCCAAAGGCAGCGUUUAUGGUGGGCAGAGACUUUAACGCUGGGAGACUUAAAACCGUCCUACCUCACUUCUACCAACACGUCUCCUGCGCCACUAGGAGCGCUAAAACUAAAGACCACUUUUAUUCUACCCACAGAAACUCAUUCAAGGCCCUCCCUUGUCCUCCCUUUGGACCUCAGACGAGACAUCAAAUAUGCAAAAGGACAAUAUCGAAGGAAGGUGGAAUCCUAUUACACCGGCUCCCAACAGUCGUCGAAUGUGGCAGGGCUUACAGAAGAUAACGGAUUACAAAGGGUAAACCCAGCCAUGAGUGCCCAGCGAUGCAUAACUUCAAAAUGAGUUAAAUGCCUUUUAUGCUUGCUUUGAAGAAUAUAACACUGUGCCCUGCGUGAAAGCCCCAGUUUUUCCGGAUGACUGUGUGAUCUCGCUCUCCGUGGCCUAUGUAAGCAAAACUUUUAAACAGGUUAACAAACACAAGGCUGCCGGGCCAGCCGGAAAACCAAGGCGCAUGUAUUCUCAAAGCAUGCGCAGACCAGCUGGCAAGUAUCUUCAGACAUUUUCAAUCUCCCCUUGUCCCAGUCUGUAAUCCCAACAUGUUUCAAACUGUCCACCAUUGGCCCUGUUCCAAAGAGCUCUAAAAUAACCUGCCUAAAUGACUAUCACCCUGUAGCACUCACAUCUGUAAUUAUGAAGUGCUUUGAAAGGCUCGUCAUGACACACAUCAACAUCAUCAUCCCAGACACCCUAGACCCACUCCAUUUCGCAUACCGUCCCAACAGAUCCACAGAUGACCUAAUCUCAAUUGCACUUCACAAUACACUCUACCACCUGGACUAGAGGGGAAAUGAAUAUAAACGCAACAAUUUCAAAGAUUUUACUGAAUGAGUUCAUAUAAAUUCAUUAGGCCCUCAUCUAUGGAUUUCACAUGACUGGGAAUACAGAUAUGCAUCUGUUGGUCACAGAUACCAUUUAAAAAAAAAAGUAGGGGCGUGGAUCAGAAAACCAGUCCGUAUCUGGUGUGACCACCAUUUGCCUGAUGCAGCGCGACACAUCUCCUUAGCAUAGAGUUGAUCAGGCCGUUGAUUGUGGCCUGUGGAAUGUUGUCCCGCUCCUCUUCAAUGGCUGUGCGAAGUUGCUGGAUAUUGGCGGAAACUGGAACACGCUGUCGUACAUGUCAAUCCAGAGCAUACCAAACAUGCUCAAUGGGUGGCAUGUCUGGAGUGAAUGCAGGCCAUGGAAGAACUGGGAUAUUUUCAGCUUCCAGGAAUUGUGUACAUAUCCUUGCGACAUGGGGCUGUGCAUUAUAAUGCUGAAACAUGAGGUGAUGGUGGCGGAUUAAUGGCACGACAAUGGGCCUCAGAAUCUGGUCAUGGUAUCUCUGUGCAUUCAAAUUGCCAUCGAUAAAAUGCAAUUGUGUUCGUUGUCUGUAGCAUAUGCCUGCCCAUACCAUAACCCCACCUCUGUUCACAACGUUGUCAUCAGCAAACCGCUCACCCAUACAACACGUGGUCUGCGGUUGUGAGGCCGGUUGGAUGUACUGCCAAAUUCUCUAAAACGACGUUGGAGGCGGCUAAUGGUAGAGAAAUUAACAUUAAAUUCUCUGGCAACAGCUUUGGUGGACAUUCCUGCAGUCAGCAUGCCAAUUGUACGCUCCCUCAACAUGGCAUUGUGUUGUGACUACUGCACAUUUUAGUGGCCUUUUAUUGUUCCCAGCACAAGGUGCACCUGUGUAAUGAUCAUGCUGUUUAAUCAACUUCUUGAUAUGCCACACCUGUCAGGUGGAUGGAUUAUCUUGUGCACAACAUUUGAGAGAAAUAAGCUUUUUGUGCAUAUGGAACAUUUCUGGGAUCUUUUAUUUCAGCUAAUGAUACAUGGGACCAACACUUUACAUGUUGCAUUUAUGAUUGUUCAGUGUAUGUGAGAAUGCUGUUCAUAGACUACAGCUCAGCAUUCAACACAAUAGUCCCCUCUAAGCUAAGGACCCUGAGACUGAACUCCUUCCUCUGCAACUGGAUCCUGGACCUUCUGAUGGGCCAGCCCCAGGUGGUGAGGGUAGGCAGCAACACCUCCGCCACGCUGACCCUCAACACGGGGGCCCCUAAGGAGUGUGUUCUUAGUCCCCUCCUGUACUCCCUGUUGACCCACGACUGCGUGGCUACGCACAACUCCAACACCAUUAAGUUUGCUGACGACAUGACGGUGGUAGGCCUGAUCACCGAUGAGUCAGCCUACAGGGAGGAGGUCAGAGACUUGGCAGUGUGGUGCCAGCACAACAACCUCUCCUUCAACGUCAGUAAGACCAAGGAGCUGAUCGUGGACUAUAGGGAGAAAGAGGGGAGCGCACGCCCCCAUCCACAUCAACGGGGCUAUUGGGGAGCUUCAAGUUCCUUGGCAUCCACAUCACUAAGGACUUAGCAUGGUCCACACACACCCGCACAGUCGUGAAGAGGGCACGGCAGCGUCUGUUCCCCCUCAGGAGGCUGAAAAGAUUUGGCAUAGGCUCUCGGAUCCUCAAAGUUCUACAGCUGCACCAUCGAGAGCAUCUUGACCGGCUGCAUCACCGCUUGGUAUGGCAGUUGCACCGCCCUUGACCACAAAGCACUACAGAGGGUGGUGCAGACAGCCCAGUACAUCACUGGGGCCGAGCUCACUGCCAUCCAGGACCUCUUAUAUCAGGCGGUGUCCAAGGAAGGGCCAAAAAAUUGCCAAAGACUCCAGCCACCCGAAGUCAUAGACUGUUCACUCUGCUAUCGUCCGGCAAACGGUACCGGAGACAGCUUCUACCCCCAAGCCAUAAGACUGCUAAAUAGUUCGGGUACCAUUUAAUUGACUAUCUUGCACUGACCUUAUGCACACUCACUAGACUAUAUAAACAACAUUAAGGACACCUGCUCUUUCCAUGACCAGGGUGGGAGAUUACCUUUUUGGUCCACCAGCCACUGUGGGAGGUAGAUUAAAAAAUCUACCCGCCACUUAGAUUUUUUUACCUGCUAAAAUAUGUUUUAUAAUUAUAAUUGACCAUGACACAGCCAGGGCAAGACCUCAAUAAAGCACAUGCAGUUCUGACAAUUUUCAGCCAGUAAACAUGUGCACCUGCUUUCUCUCCACACACACACACACACACACAUAUUUAUAGGCUAUAUAUACAGUACCAGUCAAAAGUUUGGGCACACCUACUCAUUUAGAUUUUAGAUUCUUCAAAGUAGCCACCCUUUGCCGUGAUGACAGCUUUGCACACUCUUGGCAUUCUCUCAACCAGCUUCAUGAGGUAGUCACCUGGAAUGCAUUUAAAUUAACACGUGAGCCUUGUUAAAAGAUAAAUUGUGGAAUUUCUUUCCUUAAUGCGUUUGAGCCAAUCAGUAAUGUUGUGACAAGGUAGGGGUGGUAUACAGAAGAUAGCCCUAUAUAUAAUGGCAAGAACAGCUCAAAUAAGCAAAGAGAAAUGACAAUCCAUCAGUACUGUAAGACAUGAAGGUCAGUCAAUACAGAACAUUUCAAGAACUUUGAAAGUUUCUUCAAGUGCAGUCACAAAAACCAUCAAGCGCUAAGAUCAAACUGGCUCUCAUGAGGAUCGCCACAGGAAAGGAAGACCCAGAGUUACCUCUGCAGCAGAGAAUUAGUUCAUUAGAGUUAACUGCACCUCAGAUUGCAGCCCAAAUAAAUGCUUCACAGAGUUCAAGUAACAGACACAUCUCAACAUCAACUGUUCAGAGGAAACUGCGUGAAUCAGGCCUUCAUGGUCGAAUUGCUGCAAAGAAACCACUACCAAAGGACACCAAUAAGAAGAAGAGACUUGCUUGGGCCAAGAAACAUGAGCAAUUGACAUUAGACCGGUGGAAAUCUGUCCUUUGGUCUGAUGACUCCAAAUUUGCGAUUUUUGGUUCCAACCGCCGUGUCUUUGUGAGACGCAGAGUAGAUGAACGGAUGAUCUCCGCAUGUGUGGUUCCCACCGUAAAGCAUAGAGGAGGUGGUGUGGGGGUGCUUUGCUGGUGACACUGUCAGUGAUUUAUUUAGAAUUCAAGGGACACUUAACCAGCAUGGCUACCACAGCAUUUUGCAGCAAUACUAUUUGACCAUGGAGAGUGAUGGAGUGCUGCAUCAGAUGACCUUACCUCCACCCAAUUGAGAUGGUUUGGGAUGAGUUGGACCACGGAGUGAAGGAAAAGUAGCCAACAAGUGCUCAGCAUAUGUGGGAACUCCUUCAAGACUGUUGGAAAAGCAUUCCUCAUGGAGCUGGUUGAGAGAAUGCCAAGUGUGCAAAGCUGUCAAGGCAAAGCGUGGCUACUUUGAAGAAUCUCAAAUUAUAAAAUAUAUGUUGAUUUGUUUAACACUUUUUUUUUGGUUACUACAUGAUUCCAUGUGUUAUUUCAUAGUUUUGAUGUCUUCACUAUUAUUUUACAAUGUAGAAAAUAGUAAAAAAUAAAGAAAAACCCUUGAAUGAGUAGGUGUGUCCAAACUUUUGACUGGGACUGUACAUACAUGCAUACCUCUUCCAUUUCAUCCUGACAGCAGAUCUUUCACUUCGGCUGUUUUACACAUAGGCCUAUAGAAUUGGGGAGGAAAGAUAAGGGUAGCGUAUAGGCCUAAAGAUCGUGUAAAAAUAUGAUAUGCAUUUCUGGUUCAGUUUAUUGGCCUUUGCAGGAAUUAGUCUUGCAUUCAGAUGUAGGCUGUUCCGGCGUAACCAAUGGAGGAAUCUGCCAGUAAACCUAUUCAUAACAGAUUGUUUAUCAUGAGGCAAGUCUCUCGUGUCAACUGCAGCUAUUUUGAACCCUAAAUUGGCUAAUCUUACUGGAAGAAUGUCCAGUGCCACAGUUUUAGUCAAACAGUAAUGGAGCUCUGCAUUCUGUGUGUAGCUAGGCUGCCAAUAGUGUAAUGUAAUGUGCUCUUGUGGUGGUCAACCUGGACAGAAUAUAGGUCUGUUAGCCACUCAUUUUACUUUGCAGGCAAUGUUUUCAUUUAGUUUAUUUAGCAUCGGUUUGAAUAGAUACCAGCCUGCUUAAAAAUAGUAUCGUGUAUGAAUAGCCUAGGUCUAUUUCCCACUGUGGUGCAGUCAUCACACUAAAUAAAGUAAAAACCGCAUACAACAGGUAUUUUCCACUCUACCAGUAGAAGGACUGACUGGCCUAGCAACUGCUCUUGAAAGACAAGACACUGGGCAGUUGUCCUGUCAGCUGACACCAUGAUUGGUUAAUAAGUAGCUGACACCAUGAUUGGUUAAUAAGUAAAGCAUGAUCUCUUCUGCUUGGCAUUGGUACCACAGUAGUCAUGCUUUGUACUAGGGCACUGCUGUUUAUUCCAACCUGUCUUGUUGUCGUUUCAUUUCUGCCAAUCUGAUAUUGUUUUUUUCCUCUUGUAGUCAUGGGAUUUCUUCCUUAUCAGCGUGUUUGCUCACACAAGCUAAACGCAUUCUGCUGUACGCCUGUGAAGACCUGGUGAAGGGAAUUUGUGAAUAUAUAUAUAUAUAUAUAUAUAUAUAUAUAUAUAUAUAUAUAUAUAUAUAUAUAUAUAUAUAUAGGAACAGAUGUGAAGACGUCUAUUGAAAGUCUGGUUUUCAAAUAUGCCUCUAAUGCCGGAAGGAUGACACGAGUAACUGUUUUUAGAAAAUGUUGAGGCAAUGUUGUGUUAGCCUGUGUGGGGCUGAAUGAUAGUGAUUCCUCUAUUGAAUGAAUGUACACACUUUACAAGUAGGUACAUUUAAUGUUGGCUUAUUGUGUACACUACGUAUGUACUAUGCUUGCGUGCCAUUUUUAGAAACAAAACUGACACGACUUUCAAUUUCAAUUCCUACCAUUUGUAAUGAUGAAUUUGAAUGUGAUGAAAUGGGAAACAAAAAUCUCUGCCUGGCCCCCUUUCAUUUGUGCUUGUUUGUUUUGCUAUGUCAUACUGUAUAGUGUGAGGUAGGCUUGUUGUGUUCUGUUGGGUUUCUUUUCUCUGUUUCAACCUUCUGCCUGCCUUUUUUUCUUGUUCUUUCCACAGUGGGUGAUUUUGAGAAGAUCUGGCGAGAGCACUGUGAGGAUGAACAGACUCUGAGUGAAUACGCCCUGGCCAUGAAGAACCUGGCCGACAACCACUGGGCCAAGACCUGCGAGGGAGAGGGUCGCAUCGAGUGGUGUCGCAGGUAAAACGGUCCCCCCACAAAUAACCCUCUGCCUACACUGUACUAGCUCAGAAUGUUAAUUGCGAUGACUCUGCUUGUUGAAUUUUCACUUAGUCCUGCAUUGAUGGCAAUGCGAUGGAUUUGCCCCUAUAUUUCAUUGCUCAUCAGUAUCGUUUUAACGGUGAGGCAUCAAUACCAUGAUGUGUGAUGUUUUGGGACUAUUUUUCCAGUGUUUGUCAGGAGUAUUUCCUGGAUGGCGGGAUGCAAAGAAUGUUGGAGAAGGAUGAGAAGAGUGCCAGGCUUGCCAUGGCCAUGUCACCUGUAGCUCUGAGUGCCCAGCCGUAUAGCUCCUCCAUCCCCAGGUACUGUACUGUUGCAAUGUUAAAUCAAACCCUGAUGAUUUUUAACAGACUAUUUUGCCCUGCUUCAGCAUGCUCUAUUGUGCGUUCAUAUUGACAUUCAAUAUUCAUAUUUAAUUAUAUUAGCUACUGCACUCAUAAAGCACACUCACUGUAUGUCAGACUUAGCCCUAACUCUUAAUGACUCUGAUUUCUCUGCUUGCAGGUCCAUCCCCCAGCUUGGUAAAAUGCGGCUGCUGGACGUUGGCAGCUGUUUUAACCCCUUCCUGAAGUUUGACGAGUUCCUCACUGUCGGUAUUGACAUAGUGCCUGCGGUCGAGGUAUGUAUGAUUUAAUAUCAGUGGUCACUCCUUCGGUCCCUGCUACAAAAUCCUGACUCUUACUGUCUUACUCACUCAUCUACGGCCGUGACAAAAUGUCAGGGGUUUUCCAGACGGGUAGCUAGUUUAUUGUGUGAAUAUCAGACCACGUAACAAUGCUGUCCCUUGACAGUGAGUGUCAACACUUGACUGCAAUGAAACCUGACCUGCUUUGAAGGAACUGGCAGAAUAUUAGCCUAGAGUGAUUUGGGUAACCAAAUGGUAUAAGAACAGUGGGUUUUAGAUGUGGGUCUAAAAUACUGCAACAUGGUAGACCUUUGGAAGCUACUCUAAAGUAUCUGUUUCUGCUCUCUCCCCCCCAGAGUGUAUACAAGUGUGACUUCCUUAACCUCCAGCUCCAGCAGCCCCUGCAGCUGGCUGGCGACGCGGUGGAAGCCUUCCUGAGACAGCUGUGUAGCCCCAUCGACGCACUGCCCGCCCAGCUCUUCAACGUGGUGGUCUUCUCACUGCUCCUUUCCUACUUCCCCUCGCCUUACCAGCGCUGGAUCUGCUGCAAAAAGGCCCACGAGCUGCUGGAACUGCAUGGCCUGCUGCUUAUCAUCACCCCCGACUCCUCCCACCAGAAACGCCACGCACUCAUGAUGCGCAGCUGGCGUGUGGCAGUGGAGUCACUGGGCUUCAGGCGCUGCAAGUACAUCAAGUUCUCUCACAUGCACCUCAUAGCCUUCCGCAAGGUGUCCCUGACCACCACUAGCGACCUGGUCAGCCGUAACUACCCCGAGAUGCUCUACAUCCCUCAGGACUUCCAAUCCCCCGAGGAGGAGGACUACACAGACGUGCUGGUUCAGGCACACUCCGUCUUCGAGGACGACCAGCUGGCGUGGGGCUUCACAGAGCUGCCAGACACGCCCUACGACUCGGAUUCAGGAGAGAGUCAGAGCAGUUCGGUGCCCUUCCUACACGAGCUGGAGGACCCCAUACUGCUGCAGAGCUGAGCUAGACCAGCUAAAACCCUACUAGCUACUCUCUUCUCUCUCUCAGAAGUCCUUAUUCAAUCCCUAACGCUCCCCUUGGCCCUAACCUUUCAAUGUUUGCAGAUCUGUAAGGAGGAAGCAAUAUGGUUGUAGCUUUGCCACUGCACUGCUUAUACCAAACCAGAGCCUUCAGACAUGCAACAUGGAGGGGAUGGGGAGCAAUCUGAGACUGGCUGUCUCUGUCCCCAACUGCUGCGCUGCCAAAUUAACAUGCUGCAUUCUUCUCACACUCCUUCUCUUUUCCCUUAACUAAGCAAUGCAGUUUGCACAGAGUGAAAGAAAAAGACGUUUACAGAAGUCAGUCGUUUAUUAUUCAAUAUCUUACAUGGUUAGUCUCUCAACACAACUACACAUACACACGCACACACACUUCAAUAAAUGAAAGGUUUUCAAAAAUAAAAACAUGGUAGCUGAAUGCCCUCAGGAUA